AUGAUACCAGAUGCUUUUAGACAGUUGAUACGGAAUGUUUGGUUCAAAAAUCGCCGAGCCAAGUGGCGCAAACGUGAACGACAUUUGGAUGUGGUUCUUCGCGGUGGACUAGCCAAUCCGUUUGUACCACUGUUUCGUUCCGGUGUUCUAACACAUCCGAAUACGACGCUGGAAAACUCUGCUACCGGGGUCGCUCUGUAUGGAUCGAAUCACGGCUUAGCGUAUCAUCGAGGUGCAAUGGGAACAACUCUGAUACAACCACUAAAUCCGUACACGAUGACCUCUCACUCAUCAUCCUCAUCGCCGCCGGCAUCAGUACUGUCUUCUACCGCCCCACCACCUCCACCUUCCGCACAAACACAGGGAUCCGGCUGUCACCGAAUGCAUGCAUUCAGU